AUGAACUUCUUCAUUUGCAACAAACGUAAAAACUGCAUCGUAACCAUCAUCGCAGACAUGAAGGGUUUUCACCUGUCUCUGUUGCAAGCCUUUCUCGCAGCCGGGUCUGUUCAUAGCUCGACCGUUGACCAAUGUGAAUCAUUGGCAAGCAGGUUAAAUCUCCCGAGUACAACAGUUUACGAGACGAGUUUCAUUUCAGCAGGAACCAAUAUAUCGUUGCCCAACAACCAUCCAUCAUGCGCCAUUCCAUUUCAGGUUUCCGACGUUGACAUCUGCCGCGUUGUUUUCCUCACCACCACUGGACCGAUGAGCAACGUAUCUCUUGAAGCGUGGCUCCCAUUAGAAUGGAGUGGGCGAUUCCUGGGUACCGGAAAUGGCGGCAUGAACGGCUGUAUCAAAUACGGCGACCUGAAUUACGGCGCAUCGCAUCAAUUUGCUACCAUUGGCACUAACAAUGGCCAUGACGGUAUUUCUGGUUCGCCAUUCUACAAAAACCCUGGAGUCAUUGAGGAUUACGCCUACCGUUCUGUGCACCUCGAGGCUGAACUGGGCAAAGCGAUCGUUGAGGAAUUCUAUGGAAAGAAGCAUACAAAGGCUUACUACCUCGGAUGCUCCACGGGAGGCAGACAGGGCUUCAAGGAGGCUCAAACCUUUCCAGAGGACUUUGAUGGCAUCGUCGCUGGCGCCCCAGCAUUCGACCUCAUCGCACUCAUGUACUGGACAGGCCAGCUUUUUGUCAAGACCGGGACUAACACAGACUCGAGAUUCCUUUCCGCUGCCCAGUGGGAGCUGGUUAAUGCAGACAUCUUGAGACAGUGCGACGGAUUGGAUGGCCUUGUGGAUGGAAUUCUUGAAGAUCCAAGUCUUUGUCAAUAUCGGCCCGAAGGGCUCAUUUGCUCUGAUGGUGCAACUGGGACCUGUUUGAGCGGAGAGCAGGCUGCUACAGUUCGGGCUAUGUUCUCUCCAGUCUACGGCUUGGAAGGCCAAUUCAUAUACCCUCGACUACAACCUGGAUCGAACGCAACAGACCGACUACUUAAUGGUCAACCUCACCAAUAUCCCUUGGACUGGUGGCGGUACGUUGUCUACAACGACACUGAUUGGGAUCUUUCGACACUAAGCCCGCAAGACUAUGUGGUGGCUUCGCAGCAAGACCCAUGGAACGUUUCGACCUGGGAAGGUGAUCUGUCCGCGGCAAAACAAAGCGGUGUGAAGAUUUUGCACUAUCACGGCUUGCAAGACAACGCGAUCAGCAGUGACAAUUCAGAGAGAUACUACAACCAUGUGUCGCGAACCAUGAGCCUUUCGUCUACAGAUCUCGAUGAGUUUUACCGUUACUUUCGGAUUUCUGGCAUGGCGCACUGCCGUGGUGGUACGGGCGCCAGCAUGAUUGGUGGCAAUCCGGAGACGCUGGCGUCAUAUGAUCCGGAUUCCAAUGUGUUGUCAGCUAUUGUUCGGUGGGUUGAGGAAGGCAUUCCGCCCGAUUACAUCCUUGGUAGUCGGUUGACGGCAAAUGGGGAGGUCGACCUGCAGAGAAAGCACUGUAAGUAUCCUGCUCGAAACGUGUUCAAGGGCCACGGAGAUCCUGCGAAGCCCGAUAGCUGGGAAUGUGUCUAA